UUUUUUUUUUUUUUAUUAUUAUUUCAUCAUGACUCUUCCUACUUAUGAUCAAUUACCUAUUGACUCAAAAUACCCUGAAGGAACUGCUUGGGGUGUUUGGGGAGAUGAUGAUAAUUUGGGUACUUUGAAUAUUAUUACUGAAGAAAUCACUGCUGAAGCAUCAAAAUAUAUCAAAAAAGGCAAAGUAUUUCCUGUGAACUGGGAAUUGGAAAAACCUUCACCAACAUUGUUCACUCGACCUAGCGUUGUUCAUCAUUUCCAUCCUUUCGCAGACGGUCUUGGUAAUGAUGACUCUUAUGAAAACUUCAACACACAAUCAUCUACACAAUGGGAUGGUCUUGGUCAUGUUGCUCAUCUGAAAAGUGGGAAAUUCUAUAAUAAUGUGGAUCCUACGGAAAUUGGUGUCAAAGGAAAAGGUCGAUUGGGGAUUCAUCAUAUGGCUCGAAAAGGCAUCGCUACCCGCGCUGUGUUAUUGGAUUAUGGUCGUUGGGCUGAAAAACACAAACCUGAUUUUGAUCCUUUCGAACGUAUUGAAGUGUCUGUCGAUGAAUUGGAAUUGGUGGCCAAGGCUCAAAACGUCACUUUCAAAACAGGCGAUGUCUUGCUGGUGCGCUUCGGUUGGACGGCUAGGUACGAACAAUUGGGUGAUCAAGUCAAGGAAUACAUCAAGGAUCCUGAACAUCCUAUCGCUUGUGGUAUCAAGGCUUGCCCUGAAACUUUUGCUUGGAUUUGGAAUCAUCACUUUGCUGCUGUUGGUGGCGACUGUCCUGCAUUUGAAGCUUUUCCUCCUACUGAUUGGACUCAAUCUUGUCAUCAAUUUUUGUUAGGUGGUAUUGGAUGUCCUAUUGGAGAAAUGUUCUUUUUGGAAGCUGUUGCUGAAGAUUGCGCCCAAGAUAACGUAUAUGAAUUCUUUUUUACCAGUGCUCCUUUGAACAAGUUUAAAGGUAUCGCCUCUCCUCCUAAUGCUCUCUGUAUCAAAUAGUUUUAUAGUAGACCACAAUUCAUUUCUUCAAUAAACAUAUUUUCAUCAUGUAAUACGCAUAAUACUUAGCGAUAAACAUAUGCCUGUAUACUACCAAUAUCGUUCCACUGUCAUUUAAACAUCAUUCCACAUAUUAUGGUUGAUCAUCCAUCAUAUAUCAUCACUACAAACCCAACAUCAAUUUUCCAAAAUAAGU